AAUACAAGGUUUUAAGUAACCUCGACCAUAUCGCUUGGUUGAAUGAUUUCCACUCGAUUCUCAUGAUACGGGUACGUCGACGUCGUUCGUAACUUUAGGAGGGUACCGUUUAACAACACACAGCAAUAUGGCAGAACAAAAACCAGUGAUGCAGCAACCCGGUCAGCAGCCACCGCCAGCGCAACAACCACCUGGUCAGCCUUACGCUGGACCACCACCUGGUCAGCCUAACGCUGGACCACCACCUGGUCAGCCUAUGCAAUAUUACAACUAUGGUCAAGCUCCACCUGGAGCCCAGCCUCCAGCGUAUGGCCAGCCUCAGUCGUAUGGACAACCAAUGCAGCCCCAGUAUGGUCAGGCUGGAGUAGUUAUUCCAAUGAACAUUCCUGGACAACCCCAGGUGGUGCAGUGGAUGUCUCGUCCCGAGGCCAUUCCUGGCUGUCCCCCCGGACUGGAGUACCUCACCCAGAUUGAUCAACUCCUCAUCAAACAGCAGAUUGAGAUCUUGGAAUUGUUUACUGGCUGGGAGAUGGCAAACAAGUACAAGGUUCUCAACAACCAGGGACAGCAGGUUUUCUUUGCCGCAGAAGAGUCGGAGACCUGUGAGCGUCAGUGCUGUGGACCAAACCGAGGUUUCAACCUUCACAUCACCGACAACUCAGGGCAGGAAAUCAUCAAAUGCACUCGUGAGUUUAAGUGCUGUGUGGGAUGCUGCUGGUGUGCCAAUGCUGAUGGCUGUGCCCAUGAAAUCGCUGUCGAGGCGCCCCCGGGCACAAUUGUUGGAUAUGUCAGGCAGGAGCAGAGUUGUUGGACUCCACACUACAGUAUCCGAGAUGCCAACCAUGAACCCGUUCUCAAUGUCAAGGGACCAUGCUGUGUGAUGAACGGAUGCUGCUGGGACCAGGAAUUUAUUGUUUGGUCCAAGGACUGGUCAGCUGAGGUCGGAAAACUCAGCAAGCAAUGGAGUGGAUUUGCCAAGGAGUACUUUACAGAUGCUGACAACUUUGGAAUCACCUUUCCCAUGGAUCUGGAUGUCAAAAUGAAGGCAGUCAUGUUGGGUGCUAUUUUCCUCAUUGAUUUCAUAUUCUUUGAGCAGAAACAGAACAACCGCUAAGCCUUAUUACCCUACAGAAAAUCCGUAACCUCUACCAAGGAAACAUUGUGAAAUCCAGAAACUUGACUACAAUAUUCAUCUUCUACUGCGUGUAAAUACAAACACCCAUAAACAAGAAAAAAAUUAACACCUUAUAACCAAAGAGGCAGAUUCUUCACGGAUUUUAUACUACUGUGCACUUCAUUUCAUCUUUCUUAGCGCCUCAUGACUGAGGAACAACAUGUUGGGAACAUAUUUCUUGGAUUUUUUUACAUUUUGUUUUAAUCAUGUGCAUAACUGGACUGGUAACACUUACACAAAUAUUUAUUUAUAUUGCAGAAAUACUGUUUUUGUCAUUUUUACAAACUCCAAUGUGUGCAAGAGAGGUUUGCUAUGAAAACCAUUUAUUUUCUAUACACAUUCUUGUGAUCAAUGAAACUUGAUAUUUUGUUUAAAUACAAGAACUGUAUUCCCGUUUUAAGAACCUAUUUUCCUGUGAAAGAAAUGUGUUGAAUUUUAAUGUUAUGAUUUUACAUGAGAAAGAUAACUAAGGGAAACUUGACAGCAUGCCUUCAAGGGGAUUCGGUCCAAUUUUAUGAUGCAUAUAAUCUAUAAAAAGCAUUCUUUCUUUUUGAUAAAUGCCCCUAAACAUUUCAAGUUUUUUAGCAUUGGGUACUUAAUACAGAGGAUACAGUGUUCCUUAUCUUCUAGCUAAAGAGGUGUCGAAUAAACAAUAUAAAUGCAUUAUUUCUUUCUACGGGUUCAUGUUUGUUAUGAUCUAUUUAUUAUUAUUUUGCAAGAUUUUGAAUUGGAACACAAUUUUAAUAUCUAUCUGAUGAAUUGUAUUGUAUUAAAAAUUGUAGUUAUGCAAUAGGGAGACAAUAAAAUUUUAUUCUCGUAUUUCUAGUAAUUUUGGUGAUUUGUACAUACUCAAGUUUUAUAAGCUCCUUUCAGGAAUCCAGCUUUCCCUAUGUUUGUUACAUAUCCAUGUCCUAGACCUGUUGUACAUAUCUUAUGUCUAUAACAUCUCACUGUUCAGUUGUAUCAUUACUAUGUAAACAAUGAUAUUGUGUUUUUAUAUUUUUUGAGUAAAAAAAAAUAUCAAUUUUGAUAAACAAAUUUGAACUGUUGCUUUAAUAUCAAUUUCUAUCAUAAAUGGAAUAUUUCAUUAACUUGUUUCACCCCUGAAAUUUUGAAAAUAAACUAUUCCAACAUUUGAAUUGGGAGAGUUCAAAUGUGUCUUCAGGGGUGAAUGAGUUAAUGUACUGUCAAGAAUACAUUUACUAGGAUUUUUUUGUGUGGAAUUUUAUCAUACUUUGUUGGAUGGCUGAGUGGAGAGUGCACUCGCCUUCAUCAAGGCAGCCAGAGUUUGAUUUCCCGAUGGGAUGUGAAUAUAUAAAGGAGUCGCCUGCACGAUUAUCUGGGUUUUCCUCAGGUUCACCCCUUCUUUAAAACCCCCGUGUUCUACCAUCCAGGCCAACAACAGUGAUUUAUAUAAGUUAAGGAACUUGUUUCAUAAUUGUUGUAAAAGAUUAUCAGACUUAAUUUUAAUAAUUGAAGAAGUUGAAGACGCAUUCAAUUCCUGUUCACAAAUGUUGAUUUUUUUAUCUCCCCGUGCGACUGUGGCAUAAACAUCAAGGUUUUUUUUCGGUUCACUAAGUUUCACUGAAAGUAUAAGUGCUAGACCAACCAAACCUGGACCAUAGAUGCAUCCUAUAGGUAGUACAUCUCAACCAAUGCAUCAAAUGCUGGAUGCCGUCUACCUUUCAUGGUAUAGUGACUUUGUCAGCAUCUCCAUCAACAUUAAAGUUUUGGGAUUUAAGUUAGUUUCUCUGAACAUUUUAGUGCUACACUAACCAAACUUGCACCAUAGCUUGCAUUGAUGGUCAAAGCGGGACACAGGUGAGACAUAUCAAUCUAAAUGGCUUGUUUUGUUCUGAAAAUAGACAUUAAGGAUAGGUUCCCUUUGUUUAAACACGUAAAAAGCCACAUGCUAUCUUUCAGUAAAACUAAAUGAGUUUGAAAACCUAUAAAAUUCACAAAAGCCUAGCACUUGUAUGAAUUGCUUGUGUAAAUAAUGUUUAUAACUAAAUCACUUUAUGCAAAAGUUUCUGUUUAACAGUUGUGGCAAGGAAAUUAAUGCAUACAUCUUCAGUGUUGUCUUUGUUGUUCUUAAUUUAAAAUUUCAUUUUUCAUACAUGUACAAUGAUGUUUUAUUCCGUAUGCUCAUGCCUUGUGUAUAUAUUGGGAAGAAUUUCUGCAAAUAUUUCAGUCAUCUCUGAAAAAUUCUUAUACUUGUAUGUUACACUGAAUAAUAGGUUUUAUAUCAAAAUUUUAACUCCAUGACCAUUUAAGAUACAUUUUUACGGCCUAUGAUACAGCUUAUGAAUAAUUUUGCCUAAUAUACUGCCUGUACGCUUUAUUCGGAACAUAUCCAUUUAAAACAUAUACAUGAUAUUAUUUUUAUAAGAUAUCUUUAAAUUUGUAAGGAAAUUUUAUUGGCUAAAUAUGAAUAGAUCAUCAGAACUUCAUCAAAUUGUCUGUUGAGGCAGGUCCCGAACUUAAAAAAAGUUCGAAUAAAAUGGACCUUUUUGAAAUAUAUUUUACACAUUGUGAUUAUCUUCAUCAGCAUUAAUAGUUGAAUUUUGGUGAUUUCUUUGUAGGUAAAUAGACUUUUAAACCUUUUAGACAUUCCUUCGUUGUGUGAAACUCGUCAUGACAAUCAAGCAAUUUCUAGUGAAUUUGUUAAUAAUAGUAUUUUAAUUCUGGUAUCUUAGAACUUGAUUUUAUUCAAUGUUUGUUGUUUUAAUUUUGUUGUCACGGAAAUAGCAUCACAUUAUUUAUGGGACCUAUUUUAGACAAAAUUGCGGAACAUGGAGUAGAAAUUUCAUUGUUUGUGCAUGGUAGAAGCCCUGAAGAAAAAAUAAAAUUCAAUUAAAAACUUUU